UUAUGCAAAAUUAAUAAAAAAAUAUUUGUGAAAGAGAAACAUUUAUUAUGAAGAUAAUAAAGUAUAAGAACACAAAUGAUGAAAAAAGAUCUCUUCAACAUCCAUAAAUUAUUCUCUGGGAAAUCAGUGAAAAUGUUAAAUAUGUCUCUAAAUCAAAGAAGGUCCUGGAUCCACUUCUUUGUCCAGAUCUGAGUCAUAAGAGAUCUUCCUUGGUCCAUGUCUCAUCCUUCCAAGUUUUGUGAAAACAUCAGACUAGAAAAGCACAAAAUCUACACAAUCCAUUUACCAUUUGUUUUGCUCCAUGGUUCUGUUUUGUCGUUGGUCAGUUUCUGUUUGAGAACGAUCGCAUGGAGAACAUAUUCAGUGACGUGAUCUACAGCCAGUUCAACACUGAGUUCACCAAGAUCCUCCGACAUCUCAAACCCUCAGUCCCAGCCGCUGGUUACGUCCAGUCCCGUGUGGAGGAGGAGUUUCUUUGGGACUGUAAACAGUUGGGGGCGUACUCCCCCAUCGUCCUCCUCAACACCCUACUCUUCUUCUGCUGCAAGUACUUUGGCUUCACCACAGUGGAGCAGCACCGCCAGCUGUCCUUCACCCAGCUCACCUGCUGCACCAGAACCAACCUGAACCACACCCGGACCACUUCCCUGCGCUUCUACCCGCCCACAUCCACUGAAGCUCAGCCAGACGGAGUUCCUGCUAAAAAACGCAAGAAAGACAACGUGGAGAAUGUCCUGGAGAUGAUGGAGAACCUGGAGAACCCGCUCCACUGCCCGGUCAGACUCUAUGAGUUCUACCUCUCCAUGUGCUCUGAGUCGGUGAAGCAGCGCAGCGACUUGUUUUUCCUUCGGCCAGAUCGCUGCUGUGUUCCCAGCAGCCCCCACUGGUUCUCCUCUUCCCCACUGGAUGGGGACACCAUGGAGGCCAUGCUCGCUCGACUCCUCCCAGUCCGAGAGCUGCAGGACAGAAGGUCGCAGAGCUUCGGCCCAACGGACAACAGACGACACCACGUCCACAUGUUCUUGUUCUAGUUGUUAAAGACAUUCUUUCUGAUAGAAACUGUGAAGAAGAGACAUCUUCAUCAAGACUUCCGGUUCUGACGCAGUUAACUUCUCUCCAGUCGCUGCACAUUCAUGUUUUAUUGUUUGUUUCCUUUCAGUCGGUUGAAUGUCAACACUUUCAGUUCUGACCUGAGAUCUGCGUCAUUUUAUUUGGAAUAAAGAAGAAAGUUUUGAAAA